AUGGGCCACACCGCUCCGGCGGCCUCGGCGCUGCGAAGGAACACGUCUAUGUCGACGACGCCCUCCAUCCAGCAGUCGCUGAGCCGCAGUCAUGGCCAUAGCUCGGGCAUGCGCUCGUCGACAUCGACGCCCAACAUGCGCGACCUCAUGACGCAGUCGGCGCCUGGGCGCAAGCAGACGAAGAACCGCAUGGGCUCUUUCAAUCCCUCGCUCUUGAGUCAGUCCGUGCCACGUGCCAAGCCGCUGUUGCUCCCCGCGCCCGAGCCGACGCUACCGCCGCCGACGACCGAGUCGCUCGCGCUCAUCCUCAAACCGACGUCCGCCGACUUUCGCCCGCGCUGCGCCGUGUGCGAAGCCGCGCUCGUCGUGCAGCCCAUCAGCGACGUCGUGCCGUCCAGCUCGGACGACUCGCUCGCCUCGCUCUUGCAUCUGCAGACGAUUCCAGACCCCAUGGUCUACGAGACAACCGAUGACGACGAAGCAGCGGCCAACGACGACAAGGACGACGAGGCGCCGACUGUCGACCACAGCUACGUCUACGUCCGCGACGAAGUGUGGGAAAACCAAGCCUUGACCGACGGUUUAUGGGCUCGCGCCGGUGGCACGACGCCGCCGUACGUGGCUGGCGACUCGAACCUGCCGCUGGAAGCGCUGCCCGACAAGACGUCGUCGACCAGCGCGUGGCUCGACGAGUGGUCGCCCGACGUGCUCCUUGCUGGCUGCGACGACGAAGGCUGGCUCUACGCGGGCAGCUUUGCCCAGCUCGACGAUAAUGCGUCGUCGUCGUCGUCGUCCUUGGCAUCGACGCAGCGCGCACGGCGCCGGCGGCUCGUGCGUCAUCGCAAGAUCCGUCACACACAAGAAGGCUGGUGGAACGAAGUCAUGGACCGCAGCCUGCACUUUUCGUCGCUCAAGACGCCCAUGUGCCAUCCAUGCGCCGAAGCGCUGCAGACGACCUUGCGCACAGAACUGGGCCGGCUCGCGGCCGACGAGGCGUCGUACGACACGUACCUCGAGUCGCUCGCGCACGCAGUCGACGACGACGACACACUGGGCCGUGCACGCCAUAUCAAGGCCCGUCCCGGGCGGAAAGGUCUGGCGAAAAUGAGCCACCUCACGUGGCAGGACGCCAAUAUGGACGAUUUUGAUGAGGACGACGUGGACCUCGAGCUCUUGACCUUGGACGAACUCGAGCUCAAAGCGCGCGCACUGGACGACUUGCUGCGGUACAUGGACGACGAAAGCGCACUCGUGCUGCGGAACCGUGAGCUCAUUUGGUCGUGUGCGACGGAGCUCGCGAGCUUGCAACGCGACUCGUUUGAGCAAGGCGCGACCGUGCAGCUGUUACAUACGAGCACGAAAGAAGAGCGGUCGUCCGUGUCGACGUUCGCGGUCCAUGCGUCGGAUGUCCUCCGGUGCCUCCAGCGCUACAACGUCUUCAACGACACCUUUCACAUUUGGCACGAAGGCUCAUUUGGCACGAUCAACGGUCUCCGGCUCGGGCGCCUCCCGAGCAAGCCCGUCGAGUGGGCCGAGAUCAACGCGGCGCUCGGCCAAGCCACGCUGCUGUUGGCGACCGUCGCGAGCCGCGCGAACCUCAACUUUGCACGCCACACGCCCGUCGCGCGAGGUAGCUACUCCAAGAUGCUCACGGCGCAGUCCAAAGACAAGCGGAAAGAGUACCCGCUGUACUCGGACGGGAGCUUUUUUCAGCGGCAAAAGUUCAACCAAGCGCUCGUCUUCUUCCUCGAGUGCGUCGACGAAGCCGGUGUCCGCGCCAUGCGCGAAGAGCCCUCACUGCGCUUUCCGCCGACACUGCGCGACAGCAUGUACGCGCCAAGUCCGUGA